CAGUCCGUCCGCGCGCACCGAGGAACAGAGCAGCAGCAGCUGCCACACCUCCUAAAGACACCGAACCUCGUCUCGUUUAUACAUUCUGAGUGUGUAAUACCAAAUAAGACGAUGGUCUGAAGAGAUUUAGGCGAUAAAUUCUCGAAUGUAAUUCCAUUACAUUCAUCCGGUCAGCGCGCGCUCGAAGGGCCGCUUUGGUUUCUCCGUCUCCCCAGUCGCCUUCUCUUUGAGAGAUAUACGUGCCCAUGCGAUUCUUCAGACUCACCUUUAAGUGUUUCGUGGAUUGUUUUUGAAGGUGCUGUUUAAAUUCGAUGUCGUUUUCUUUUACGAUCUAUUAUUUAUUUUCCAAACGCGAAUUUUGAUUAAAAAAAAUAAAUAAAUAAAAUAAAAAUACCCGCCAAUAUCAUUGCCAAUUCGUUGAGAAAUCUACCUGUCACCCGUUAGGCUACUAUAACGGUCUGACGCUGAUGAGAAAAGGAAAAAUACAUUCUUAAAGAAUAACGCUGCUGAUUGUUUUGUAUAUAUAUAUAUAAGGAUAAAAGGACCAGAUCCUGUGCUGAUCUUAACAGGAUCAUCUGAGGAAGAACAAAAAAUAGUCAUCUUUAUAAGAGAAACAGACUUGAGCCUAAACAAAAUAUUUAUUUUGACUGCCGAUUUAAGCCCUUCCUGAGUGUGAUUGAAGGUUGAGGGUCGCUUUGUUUACAAGUGAGAUGGAGAAAACCUCUCUGGACGAAGACUGCUGCGCCCUGAACACAGUCCUUGUGGAGGAGAAGAAGGGACAUCUCAUUCCCAAUGGAAACGCGCAUCAAGGCGUCAAUGGGACCCUCAUUGGAGGGGCCAACGGGGGCCCCAUAUCAGCGGCCCCUGGAGCCAUAACAACGGCGGUGGGAGGGGGUUACCCCGAGCGAGAGACGUGGACCCGGCAGAUGGACUUCAUUAUGUCCUGCGUGGGCUUUGCCGUGGGUCUGGGGAACGUCUGGCGCUUCCCGUACCUGUGCUACAAAAAUGGUGGAGGGGUGUUCCUCAUUCCCUAUGUGUUGUUCAUAUUUCUGGGGGGCAUUCCCAUAUUCUUCCUGGAGAUUGCACUGGGUCAGUUCAUGAAAGCCGGAAGCAUCAAUGUGUGGAACAUUGCACCUCUUUUCAAAGGACUUGGCUUCGCCUCCAUGGUGAUUGUGUUCUUUUGUAACACCUACUACAUUAUGGUGCUGGCCUGGGGUUUCUACUACUUCAUAAAGUCCUUCAAUGCCACACUGCCAUGGUCCACCUGCGACAACCCGUGGAACACAGAGAAAUGCAUUGAGAUCUUCCGCCACGCCGACUGCCAAAACGGCUCCAUUGGCAAUUCCACCUUCGGCAACAUGACGUGCGAGGAGCUGGCCAAUGGGCGUUCCCCUAUUAUUGAAUUCUGGGAGAACAAGGUUCUGAACAUCUCUGAUGGGCUGGACAAGACAGGCGUUAUCAACUGGGAACUAAUGCUGUGUCUGUUUGCCGUCUGGGUGAUGGUGUACUUCUGUGUGUGGAAGGGGGUGAAAUCCACAGGAAAGAUCGUGUAUGUUACUGCCACGUUCCCGUAUGUGGUCCUGAUUAUUCUCCUGGUGAGGGGUGUAACCCUUCCUGGUGCUUAUGAUGGGAUCUUGUAUUAUGUCAAACCUGACUGGUCCAAGCUAGGAGAACCACAGGUCUGGAUCGAUGCUGGUACUCAAAUCUUUUUCUCCUACGCUAUCGGGCUCGGGGCCCUCACCGCUCUUGGUAGCUAUAACCGAUUCAACAAUGACUGCUAUAAGGAUGCAUUCGUGCUGGCUCUUAUUAAUAGUGGCACCAGUUUCUUUGCUGGUUUUGUCGUCUUCUCCAUCCUGGGUUUCAUGGCAUCCGAGCAGGGUGUGGACAUCUCUAAAGUGGCUGAAUCGGGCCCUGGUCUGGCAUUCAUAGCAUACCCCAAAGCCGUAUCUCUGAUGCCUGUGGCUCCGGUGUGGGCUGCCCUGUUCUUCAUCAUGCUGCUACUGCUGGGACUGGACAGUCAGUUUGUUGGUGUGGAGGGUUUCAUAACUGGCAUUCUUGAUCUUUUCCCUGGAAAGUAUUACAUACGCUAUCAGCGUGAAAUCGCCGUGGCAAUCUGCUGUUUAUCAUGCUUCAUUAUAGAUCUCUCCAUGGUUACACAGGGAGGGAUGUACGUCUUCCAGCUUUUUGACUACUAUUCAGCCAGUGGAAUGACCCUACUGUGGCAAGCAUUCUGGGAAUGCGUGGUUGUCGCAUGGGUUUAUGGUGCUGACAGGUUCAUGGAUGAUAUUGCCCGUAUGAUCGGUUACCGGCCAUUCCCGUGGAUGAAGUGGUGCUGGUCCUUUAUAACUCCAUGUGUUUGCAUGGGUAUCUUCCUAUUUCAUCUGUUGAACUACAAGCCUCUGACAUACAACAAUGUGUAUGUGUACCCAUGGUGGGGAGAGGUAAUCGGAUGGUGUCUGGCUCUCUCUUCCAUGCUCUGUAUCCCUGUUAGCCUUGUGUACAAGCUCGCUGGAGCCAAGGGAACAUUCAGAGAGCGUUGGGAAAAUCUGACCAAACCAGUGUGGGGAGCCCAUCACCUCGAAUACAUGGCCCCUGACACUGAUAUUAAAAGCCUGGCCUCUCUGUCUCCUGGAACUGAGGAGAACAAGGUUAUCAUUUUUGAGAGUGUUAUGUAGACAAAAAUGAAAGGGAAAGCCUACGACAACCCUCCUAAGGCAAGCUAUUCAAGUAUUCAUUUAACAUUUUAGGGAAUUCUACAUAAAAUUCUAUGAUCUUACAGUCUUAGUACAAAAAAAAAAAAAAAAAAAAAAAAAAACCUUGACAGAUAUUGAUGACUACAUUUAUUGCAUACUACAAAUCCUUUACCAUGUACACAAGAUUUUCUUCCUUUUUCAUCAGUUUAACGACCUCGUGAAAUGAUUAAACAAGUUUUGUUUUCUUUGUUGAUGUAUUUCAUAUAUAAUCAGGAAGUGUGGGCCAGGCAUAAUGCAGGGCUCAUCCCUUUUUCUUAAAAAAAAAUUGGCCAAUAGGCUUUAAUUACGUCACAGCCAUGAACCAUGAUUUGCUACAUUCUAGUCAGUUGCAGGUUGUAUUUGUGAUGGGGCAUUCUCAUUCUUGCACUGGAUUGGACAAAAAUCUGUGUAGUGCAAGAUGAGUCAUCAAUAUUUCUGACCUGUUUUCCCAGAAGAUAAGGACUGUAAAUUUUAAAUGUGUAUAUCGGCUAAAGGUUCAAUUAGUCAACUUUUAAAAUUUUCUAUUAAAUUUUGAUUUCAAGGGGUCUUUAAACUGUAACUUAAACUAAAAGCAUUAUGUGCAAUGUAAACUGCAGAUAUCCACACUUGGCAAGGCAAAAUCAGCAUGUAUUUGGAGGGGAAAAUAUAGUGUCUAGUCUGACAAAACAUAACUUUACACCUGGAUUGAUUGUUAACCUGGGUAUAGUUCAUAAUUUCAGAACAGGACAGAAUUCCCACAGGCCAAUUUCAUGAAAAUUACAAUGGUCUCUUUGCACUGACACAUGGGUAUAAAACAUAUCCAAAAAAGAAGUACAAAAUACAAACGUUAGCUACAAACGUUUUACCAAUAUAUCCAUGACACAAUUUGGCCCAUAAUGAUGUCCACAAAAGUGGACGAUAAAUAGCAUUACACUUGUUCAAAUUAAUAAAAUCUUGUGCAGAUUGUUUUUUUUUUUUUAAACUAAAAUAGUUUAUGCUACUUAUUAGAGCAACGAUAAUCAAGCAACAGUAAAAAAUAUAUAUACUGUAUUAUCAAAAAUACGAAUUGAAUGUUCAUACUAGCAAUCGGACUAAAUGUGUCUUUGCAGAUUUCACAUUGAUAAGGCCACAUAUACACAAGGACAGUGCAUUAUUUCUGUAAAGAGUAUAGAUUUGCUUGAUGUGUCUUCGUUUGAGACAGGUGACCUUAAUACCUUGUGCAAGACAUCACUGCGUUUAAUAUACUCUAUGUGCCAAAUGGAGCAUGACUUUCCAUCUCUGUUGGUCAGAAGAUGGUUUCGGUUGCCAUAAAAAAAAUCGAUAUCUCAUCAUCUACCUGGUUCAGUUAAAAUAUACUGUGCUUGAUGUGUCUUCCAUAUAAGUGAUUCAUGUUUGGAAACAUCUAGAGUUUUUAUUGCAGACAUUUCGAAAGAGGAGGCUCUCUUAAAAGAUGCUUUAAAAGAUGCCUGCAUACCCCAAAAAUGCAAUGGAUGCAUUUUGUUAUGGAUUUAAUCCAAUCUCCAAUUUCAGUUCCACAUUUUGAAUUUGAGCGGCUCUUAUAGUAGGUUCUCAGACGUUUUUAAUUUUUAUGAUUUAACACUGUCUGACACAUCCAAAGAAAUAUAUCAAGGCAUUUUAAAAGACAGACAAAACAUUUUAUCGUAAUUCUAUUGUUAAAAAAAUCAUCUUGUAACAGUAAUGACUGUCAAAAGAUACUUUAAAUUCUAUAUAUAUAUUUUGGGUUUAUAAAUGAAGAUGUGGGAUUUAACAGUUUAAGUUUCAUUAUAAAGUGUAUGUUAAGUAGAUUCGGCUAUACUACAGGUCAUGCGAUUACGUGCACAUUCUCGGCGCUUGACGCUUUACAGACAUAAUAGAGGGGAGCAAAGGUGAAAGUGAUCAGGAUGUACAGGAUUCAGUGAUGAAGGCCUUUUUUGUUGAUAAUUGCCUGCAAAGUUUAGUCCAACAUCUUCCACCAGAGGCAUGAUCAGCCAGCACUGAGGCAGGACUCGAUCCAGAAGAAUCAACCCUCUAACAAGGCUCCUCAUCAAAGAAAAUGAUGAGAGUUUACUACAUCCUGGUCCAGAAAGAGUCUAUGGUGAAUUAAGGCACAGAUAUUGGAUUAUAAAGGGUAGAGGAGCCAUUCGAAAGCAUCAAUAUAAUUGCACAGAAUGUUGCAAGUGGAAAUCUAACCCAGCAGUCCCAAAAAUGGCAGACCUACUGCCAGCAAGGUUGUGUUUUUCAAGCCUCCAUUCUGGUCCACCGGCGUUGACUGUUUUGGUCCCUUCAGUAUUAAGAUACACCGUAGGGUGGAAAAACGGUGGGGUAUUCUUUUCAAGUGUUUAGCUACCCAUUGAGUACAUCUUGACCUAUUGGAGAAUCUUGAUAUUGAUGCCUUCUUUAUGGCUUUAAGGCAUUUUGUGUCUCACCAUGGAUAACCCUUUGAGAUCUUUGCAGAUAGGGGUACUAAUUUCAGAGAUGGCGACCGAGAGUUGCAGGAAUGCUUCCAGGCUAUGGAACCCGAAUUAGAACACAGUUGUCUGGACAACAGACCUCCUCCAAGUUCAACCCACCGAGUGCUCCGCAUUUUGGUGGGACCUGGGAGCGGGAGAUCAAAUCGGUCAAAAACGCUCUGAGAGCGGUGCUGGGAGCCAUCCUCCGUACAGUAUUGGUGGAAAUCGAGGGAAUAUUGAAUUCCAAACUGCUGAGAUAUCUGACGCUGCCAAUCCUGACCCUGUAACCCCAAAUCUGCUCUUGAUGGGUUAGGGUUAGGGCCUGUGCCUCCCUGCCACAGGCCAUGUUUGCAAACUUGUUACAAACUUGUUAAGUUGUCGGAAAUGGCGUCAUAGUCAACUGUUAGUAGAUCAUUUCUGGGCCAGGUUUCUUUUGACUAUCUUCCUAGUCUUCACCCCCAUGGGAUGUGGCAGUGGGAAGUGAAGAACAUCCAAGUAGGGAACCCAGUGUUGAUAUUGGAUCCUCAACUACCCCGUGGUUCCUGGCUUAUGGGUCGAGUCAUUGGAGUGGCAACCAGUAUGGAUGGACGUGUCAGAUCAGCAGACAUCAAAAUAGGCGACAAAACAUACACAAGACCAGUUUCUCGCCUAAUUGCCCUUCCUGAGUUGUCUGAUGAGUAAAAUGUCUUCAUCAUGGAUGGAAUUGAAAGAUCCAAUUCCAGGGCGGCUGUCAAAAGACACUAAAUUCUAUAUAAAUAUAUAUUUUGGUUUAUAAAUAAAGAUGUGUGAUUUAACAGUUUAAGUUUCAUUAUACAGUGUAUGUUAAGUAGAUUUGGCUACACUAUGGGUCAUAUGAUUACGUGCGCAUUCUCGGUGCUUGGCGCUUUACAGACAUAACAGAGGGGAGCACACCUGUUCAUGGGCAAGCUCAUUUGAAUGGAAUUUUUUGCACAGCGUGGAAGCCAUUUCUUCCUUUUUCCUUCAUGUGCGUCUUUGUUGUUAACGUGUAUAUUGGGUUUGGUAUGUCUUUCCAUGUUUUUCUUUUCCGAUAGUCCAUGAAGGAUAUAUUUCUCUGUUAAUUCAUUCAUUGAGAAAUACGCUUGAUCAUUUUGAUGUGCAACGCGUUGUUGUAUUUGUUCACUUGUAGUGUUGAGCUUGCUGGUUAUAGAGAUAGCAUGCUAAUGUGUGAAUUGCCCAUUUUAUUGGGUGUGAUUUAGUGUGAUUCCCGCUUUGAUUUAUUUCAUUGUUUGAUGUCGUUGUGACUGUUAUCGCAUGAUUGUAGUAUUUCUAGCUGAUAGUUGUUAUUGGAUUGAUUUGUUUACCUAAAUAAUGGCCAUUGUGAUCGAAGUUUGUUAGUUGAGAUGGUGUAAUGGCAAUGAUAAUAGCCAUUACAAAUGAAUUUAUUAAUUUGUAUUGCACACUUUUUUUCUUGAAAUCAAGUCCUGUUUAUAUUUGUCAUUUAUUGUUUAUAAUCAUUUAUUCCUUAUUAUGACUAACUGCUAUACCGUGUUGAUUGAUAUUGUUUUGCUUUUUGUUUCUGUAGCACACACACACACACACACACACACACACACAGGCACACACUCAAGAUGCCUCUGCUUUGUGGUAAAUAAAAGGCCCUUUGAAGGGUAAUUGGAACAUCAACCAGUCUCUGUAUGAUCAAUCUUUCCUAGUCACUUAAUCUUGACCAGCCUGUUCACAUUAUCCUGCACCCUUAAAAUCGAAUCAGCUAAUACAGUAUUCUUUCGAUGAUGGUUUUAAGUUUAAAAGCAGUUUGUCUAAAUGGAACACACAAACAAAAAGACACGUUAACAACAAUUUGUCAAUAAAAUCGAUUUACAAACUUUGCCAAUAUCAGGUGCAGAAUGUUAAAUACAAUCUAAGAACACAUUUUGUUCUCUGCAGUUCUGCUGUAAAGCCUGUUAAGUGAUUUUGCAGGUAAACAUUUUAGGUUGACACAUAGUUGCCAAACUUUGCCUUUGUCAAACCCAUGGACAAAUAGCCAAGAUUAUACUGAGGUGUCCCGAAAAACUGGCCUCAUUCCGACCUGUGGGAAUUCUGCCUUUAAGAAGUCUCAACUCACACACUAAAUAAUUGUGACAUUGUAGAUGUAAUCAGAAUGUACAAAUUAGACUACAUUAUAUAAGGCUUCAGAAUACAUUUGCACAUUGUUGUAAAAUAAUCUGCUAGCACUUUUUAAUCAUGUUAGAAUGUUUUUUUGUUUGGUUUUAUUUGACUGUAAUAUAAAUCAGAGAUUUAUUUUGUGAAGGCUCUUAUUUUGCUUAUAUGCAUAUAUAAAUACAUAUUGGGUAUCUGUGGGUUAUAUUUAAAACAUUUGAUGCUGUAUGUACUUUUAAUAAAGAUUACAAUAUGGA